AUGCCGUCCACCGUGAGGCUCGUGCAGCUCUCCGCCGGCGUGCUCCUCUCGCAUACGCUCGUCACCAUCCUCGAGGAAUUCCUCUUUGCCGACGAGCGUUUUCUCCGCGACGCCGGCACCUCCUUCCUCACGCUGGUGAUGUACGUCCUGACGCUGGCGACCUACUUUCCGGCCGUGCAUCGCACUGGCGAGCUGUACUCGGUGGGUCGGCCAAAGGCGGCUCUGCUGGGCAGCCCUCGCGGCCGCCGGCCGCAGCCGGGGAGCUUCGCGCUCGGCAUCCUGCUCGCGGUGUCAGUGGUCAACGUGGGCUCUUCAACGCUCACCAAGGCGGCGCUCGCCUACAUCGACGUGCCCACGCAGACGGUGCUCAAGUCGGCCAAGCUGCUGCCGGUGAUGCUCGGCUCGGUUGUGAUUGUUCGCCGCCGCUUCACGCCGGCAGAGUGGCUCGCCGCCUCGAUGCUGGUGUCGGGCAUCGUGCUCUUCACGACCGCCAACCGUGGUCAGACCGAGGCGGGGCAGCCUCCGCCAGCCCCGCGCCGCGGACGGGGCGAGUCUGCCGACGAGUUCGACAAGACGUCGCUCGGCGCGUCGUGCAUCGUCGUGGCGCUGCUGUGCGACGCGCUCCUCGGCAACAUGCAGCAGCGCGUGCUGCAGGGCGGCACGAGCGUCGAGAUGCUCGUCUUUUGCCAGGCCGGCUUUGGCACCCUCGCCAUGGGGCUGGUGGCCGGCGCGAGCGACAAGCUGGGGCCGGGCGUAGCGAUGAUGCGGGCCGACCACCGCGUCGCCGGCGCCAUCCUGCUCUGGGCGGUCGCCAUCACCGUCGGCGUCACGCUGGUGAUGCGGCUCGUCGGCGAGUUCUCCGCGGUGACCGCCGUCGCGGUCACCACGGUCCGGAAGGCGGCCACCCUCGCCGCCUCCUACAUCCUCUUCCCGAAGCCGCUCGGCUGGGGGCACGUGGGCGGCGCGGCGCUAGUUUUCGGCUCCGCGUUUGUGAAGCACGCGCUCGGGAGGAGGAAGGCGUGA